ACGCAGUGCUCUUUUGAAAGGUUUGUAACCUUCUAUAAACCCUAGGGAUUGGACAUGGCGGUCCGGGUUGCUCUUCUUCGUCGAGUCAAGCAUGGACCAGCCCUAAUCACGACGAUGAUUCAAUUUUGAGAUUCGACAUGGCCUCCGCUACAGCUUCCAUCUACAAAACCCUAGCAAAAACGCUCCGCCGUGGCGGCGGCGGCCCCGCCGUCGCUCCAUUUCAGGCGAAAUGGUCCUUGCCACCAGCUCCUUCAUUCUCCAGUUCUGCCGCCUCCACUGCUCCAGAGCCGCCUCCGGCGUCUUCCUCCUCUUCUCAGCUGCCUCAAGAGACACGGGAAGGGUUUAGAUGGUCGAAAUUGUUCCUUUUCGUUCCUGGAGCCAUAACGUUUGGCCUUGGGACUUGGCAGCUGUUCAGAAGACAAGAAAAGAUUGAAAUGCUUGAAUAUAGGCAGAAAAGAUUAGGAUCAGAACCAAUCAGUGGCAACCACUUAGCUCCGUCAAAUAACAAUUUGGACGCUCUCGAGUUCAGGAGGGUGCUAUGUAAAGGACUCUUUGAUGAGAAGAAGUCUAUUUAUGUGGGGCCCCGCUCUAGGAGCAUUUCGGGAGUGACAGAAAAUGGCUACUAUCUCAUUACACCUCUUAUGCCAAUCCCCAGCAGUCCUGAGAGUGUGCAGUCACCUAUUCUAGUCAAUAGAGGAUGGGUUCCACGCAGUUGGAGAGACAAGUCUAGAGAAGUUUUGCAGAAUGAUGAACUACCAUCAACUGUAGGACCUUCCUCUGUGAAAGACCAUGGAAGUUCCUGGUGGAGGUUUUGGUCUAAGAAGCCAAAAAUUAUUGAGGAACAAGUUUCUCCUGUUACACCUGUAGAAAUAGUUGGAGUAGUUCGUGGAAGUGAAAAGCCCAGCAUAUUUGUUCCCGCAAAUGAUCCGAGCUCCUCACAGUGGUUUUAUGUUGAUGUCCCAGCAAUUGCUCGUGCAUGUCAACUUCCUGAAAACACUAUCUACAUUGAAGACAUCAAUGAAAACAUGAAUCCUAGUAAUCGUUAUCCUGUUCCCAAGGAUGUCAGCACGUUGAUUCACAGUUCUGUAAUGCCACAGGAUCAUCUAAACUAUACAUUGACAUGGUAUUCUCUAUCAGCAGCCGUUACUUUCAUGGCGUUUAAGAGGCUAAAGCCAAAGAAGAGUCGACGAUAGCAAAUCCACAAUGUAAGAUAUACAAACUUUUUACUGGUCAUUCAGGACUCUAGGUUCAUGAGAGAAAGAGCUGAUUGGUCUUUUUACCUUGCAUUUAGGCUCAUCCAAGUGCCAAAUAUUAUUGGGCCUUUUCAAAAUUUGGUUUUCACCAUUGAUGCUGAUCUUGAGAUCUGAUUUGGGAACACAGGUGGAAACGGGUUUCACAAUAAUGUUAUUCUUUUUUGGAGGGGUGGGGGAUGUUCUUCUUAAGGUGCACUGCCCCCCCUUGACAAAUUGCAUUAGCAUGUGUUACCAUGCAUUGCUUUGGACAAAUAAUAAAAUGGCUUAUCAGGCCAGAUUUUAUCAAAAUUUAAUUUUAUUCAUUUUC